AUGACCAGCAUGAGUGAUAUAAGCUAUGGUCAAGGUUUUCUUGGACAACAGUCCCGUCAUAUCGACACAAAAUCCUUAAGUGUACAACGGCUGACACUGAAUAGUGUCAAAGAAGUCAUCAGCAGAGCGCGUAAUGCAGGAAAACUGUACCGGUCGGCCGGUAACAAUUCCUCGAUAGUGAUGAACAACACCACAGUGGUACAACGUAAGUCAAGUACCCUUCACAUACUACCAUUGCAGUCAGUAGGAGAGAACUCUUAUCGCCGAUGCAAAUCGAUGAUUUUAUUUACAAGGCAGGCCUCUGCAUCUCGUCUUGCACAAAGAGUCACCGAUCAGCAUCGAAUUUUCAGAAAUACAACAAAAGCAGGAAUAAUUCCAAAGUCAAUAAAACCAAUUAUGUCUUAA